AGGACGACACCUAAGUAAAGGUGUGGUUGUUCCAUAUGCACGCAGUAACUCUGAGCUAUAUAAAAUGGAACACAAAAACCAGAAACAGUACACACUCUUCUCAUCUUAGCUUCUACGACUCCUCUUUCCACUUCAACAUGCAAGUCAUCGCCGUCCUCUUGGUUUGCUUGGCUGCCGCCAACGCUUUCGUCAUCCCAGCCACCACCUUCGUCCGUGCUCCGGCUCAUGACAGCGCCAUCAUCAAGUCCGACCGUCUUGGCGGAAACUUCGCUUAUUCCACUGUUGAGGGCCACGCCUACGCCGCCGUCACCCCCGUCGUCCAGCGCGUCCUCACCCCCGUCGGAGUCUCUCACCACGCCGUUGCCACCCCAUACUUCGGUUACCCAGCAUACGGUUUUUCCGGCUACCCUUACAGUUCAUUCGUCGCUCCCGCUGCUGUUGAUGCCAAAGCUGGCCAGCCCGUUUUGGUUGCAUAAACAAGAUAUUCCAAGAUGUACCCAGACUUUUUGUGUUGACUGAGAUGUUCUUUAUACACGGAAUUUUUUUCAA